AUGAUCGCGACCAAGAAACUCCACGCGAUCAAGUCCGAGACCAAUCAGCUCACCAAACGCGCCGAGGAAGACGCCAAGACCGCCGCCGAGAAAGUCCUCCUCGACGCCGAGCGCAAAGCCCUCGAGCGCAAGGAAGAAGCGGACAAAGAGCUCGAAGCCGCCCGAGCCGAGCUCCGCGAGUCCGAGCGACGACUCGCCAAGCGUGAAGACCUUGUGGACCGCAAAGACGAGACCCUCUCCACGAAAGAGCAAUCCCUCGAGUCCCGCUCCGAGAAGCUCGAAUCCCGCAAAGAAAAGCUCGACAACCGAGAAGCCGAGCUCGAAUCCCUGCUCGAAAAACAACAAAAAGAACUCGAACGCGUCUCCCAGCUCGACCGUAACCAAGCCAAAGAGAUGCUCCUCGAACGCGUCGCCGACAAAUCCCGCGCCGAGAUGGGCAAGGUCACCCGAGAGAUCGUCGAAGACGCCGAGGACGAUGCGAAGGACAAAGCCCGCGAGAUCCUCAUCAACGCGAUCCAGCGAUACGCCAACGAGCACGCCUCCGAAGCCACCGUCCGCACCGUCGCGAUCCCCUCCGACGACAUGAAAGGCCGAAUCAUCGGCCGCGAAGGACGCAACAUCCGCGCCUUCGAGAAAGCCACCGGCGCUGACAUCAUCGUCGACGACACCCCCGGUGUCAUCGUCGUCUCCUGCUUCGACAAGGUCCGCCAAGCGAUCGCCGUCCAAGCCCUCGAACGCCUCAUCACCGACGGGCGAAUGCACCCAUCACGCAUCGAAGAGGUCACCGAAAAAGUCCGCUCCGAGAUCAACGAGAAAGUCAUCAAAGCCGGUAAAGACGCCGCCCAAGAACUCAAACUCAAAGGCUUCCACCCCAAAGUCAUCGAAGCCAUGGGCAAACUCACCUACCGAACCUCCUACGGCCAAAACGUCCUCAAACACUCCAUCGAAGUCGCUUUCCUCUCCCAAAUCAUCGCCGACCAACUCGGCCUCGACGGACGCCUCGCAAGACGCGCCGGAUUCCUCCACGACAUCGGGAAAGCGAUGGACCACGAAAUGGAAGGCGGACACCCCAAAAUCGGGAUGGACUUCGCCGCACAGUACGGCGAGAAAGACGAAGCCGUCCUCAACGCCAUCGGUGGUCACCACGCCGACAUCCCCGCGACCACCCUCUACACCCCAAUCAUCAUGGCCGCCGACGCCGUCUCCGCCGCACGCCCCGGAGCCCGCCGCGAAUCCAUGGAACGCUACAUCCAGCGUCUCCACGACCUCGAAGACAUCGCCAAAGGACAACCAGGUGUGGUCGAAGCAUUCGCCGUCCAAGCCGGACGCGAGAUCCGCGUCAUGAUCGAUGCCGAUCGUGUCUCCGACGACGAGGCUUACCUCGCUGCACACGAAAUCGCCAAACGCGUCUCCAACGAGAUGACUUUCCCCGGAGCCGACAUGCGUCACGCCACCACCCUGCUCGCCCUGACCGCCGCGCUCCUCGUCUCAUUAGUCUCAACAACCGCCAUCGCGAAAACAACCCUCAUCCACUGCGGCACCCUCAUCGCAGUCCCCGGCGAACCACCAAAGCAAUCCCAAUCGAUCCUCGUCAUCGACAACAAGAUUGUCUCAGUAGUCGACGGAUUCACCGAUCCCGGAACCAUCGACACCCUCGACGAGUUCAAGUUCAUCGACCUCUCCGAUUACUACGUCCUCCCCGGCCUCAUCGAUUGCCACACCCAUCUCACCGGACAAAACCUUCCAUCGCACGAAAGCAUCCGCAGAAGGAUGCAAGAAACCCAAGCACACUCCGCAAUCGACGGCGUCGCAAACGCAAAGAAAACAGUCGAAGCCGGAUUCACCACCGUCCGCAACGUCGGAUCCCCCGGAUCAGUCGCCCUCGCCCUCCGCGACCGAAUCAAAGCCGGUGUCAUCCCAGGACCACGCAUGUACGUCUCAGGUCCCGCAGUCUCCGUCACCGGAGGCCAUGGCGACGGCACCAACUCACUCUCACCACUCCUCCGCCCCGAUCUCCCAGACCACCUCACCACGGCCGACGGCCCAUCCGAAGCCCGCAAAGCCGUCCGCGCACGAAUCCGUGAAGGCGUCGACCUCAUCAAAAUCACCGCUACAGGUGGUGUCCUCUCGCCAACGGCCGCAGGUGUCGAGCAGCAGUUUUUCGACGACGAGCUCGAGUCCAUCGUCCAAGCCGCCAAAAUGAUGGGCCGCAAAGUCGCCGCCCACGCCCACGGCACGCAAGGCAUCAACGCCGCACUCCGCGCCGGAGUCGCUUCCAUCGAGCACGGCACAUACCUCGAAGACUCCUCCAUCGAGCUCUUCCUCGAAACCGGCGCCUACCUCGUCCCCACAAUCCACGCCGGAAAGUUCGUCGAAGACAAAGCCAAAAUCGACGGCUACUUCCCCGAAGCCAUCCGCGCUAAAGCCGCCGCAGUCGGACCACUCAUCCAAGACUCCUUCGGACGCGCCUACAAAGCCGGAGUCAACAUCGCCUUCGGAACCGACGUCGGAGUCGGAGCCCACGGCACAAACGCCGAAGAGUUCCUCUAUAUGAGCCAGGCCGGGAUGACCAACGAGGACUGCCUCAUCUCCGCCACCAUCAGCGCUGCAAAGCUCAUCGGAGCAGAGGAUCAAAUCGGAACCAUCGAAGAGGGCAAACUCGCCGACAUCAUCGCCGUGGAGUCCGACCCCCUCGAGGACAUCUCCACCCUCCUCAGUGUCCCCUUCGUCAUGGCCAACGGACACCUCAUCACAACUCCAUAA